AUGUUUACCAGACGCUCUUUAAAAGAGUUGAAAAAGUUUCUUUUGGCCCAGCCAUGUGCCUUCUACAACUACCCAGAUCUUCUGCACGACAUUAAACAGAGAUAUUGGGAAUACGAGGACGAGACAGAAACACAGCUGAACACACAGAGAAACUCAAAGUAUAAAUACUGCAGAAUACUGUACGAGAUGUACGCGAAAAAAAGAAAAAAGAACACUGUGGAGGAGGAGCACCGGCCCAGCAGUGUGCAGUUCCUAGAAGAAGUUCGAGACAUAGAAGACCACUUGCCUGCUCCCAAAAAAAAUAAAAAAAGAAAGACGGCUCCAAGAGUCCCUAAGACAACUUCUCCAAAUGAUCUGGAAAAAGAUAUAAAAAAGGAAACUGUGUAUGUCUCGUGCAAAAUACCAGAGACCAGAACUUCCGUUUUUAGAUACUUUGAAGAAAAAAAUGUUCCAGAAAAAGAACUUACAUAA